AUGAUACCUACAGCUCCAGGUGCUAGUGGAGACUUCGCGGGGGAGAUCGAGAGUGAAGCUGCUGAGAUUCGAACGCUAAUUGCACGGACGGCUGAGCUUUGGUCGGCUGUAGAUAGAGCUGAACAAGCAGAGGAUAUUCCACCAAUGCGGAGUUUCUCAGCCUCCGCCUUACAUCCGUCGCUCCCUGCUCCGUAUGAGUGUGCGGAGGAGGACGAUAGCACACUAAGUAGUGACAACGAGGAGUACGAAGGCGAUGAGGGUACCGAGGAAGAGAACGCUUCGCUUCAGCAAGUUGGAGACAAUUCCAUCGCUAACGAAGCUGGUACGGAGUCAUUAAGGCCCCCAAGUUUCGAUAAUGACCCCGGGAAUGAAGACACAGACGAAGAACGAGGUUUCCAGCUGGAGCAAGGCGAGAUUAUGGACCCGUCGAACCGCGCUAUCAACGCUGCAAAAGCUCGCGCCAUCAAGAACGCCAUGCUGGGGAACCUGAUCCGGUUAGGUUUCCGCGAGAACAUCACGCGUGCAGCCUUGGAAGCAGGCGCUCUGGAGAUCGACCAUUACGACUCGGACUGUGAACUGGCCUACGUCGACAUCUUCAUGUCCCUCGUGAAGAUGGUGGCCGACGCUCAUGUAGACGUCAUGAACGAGAGGGAAGACCUCGGACCCGACUGGGCAGUGAGCGAAGCCUACAGCGUGGAGCAACGUUCGUUCCUUCCCUUCAAGUGGCCAGUGUUUGACAUGGCGCAGUUCGAGUUUGGGAACGCGCGUCCGGGGACGUGUUUCAACAGCGUCUGUGUGCUGACCAAUCUGCCCAAAGUGUCGAUGGAUCGGACGGAGGAGCUGAUGGAAAUCUUGUCGUGCCACUUGUUCUGCAUGGUCGGAGACCCCAUCCAAUUGGUGAUCCCGUCGGCUAGCUCGUCAGGACGUACAAAAGGCCACGCGUUUCUCGAGUUCGACGACCCAGAGAUGGCCAGGAGAUGCGCGUUGGCAGUUGAUGGACUCACGUGGGGGAGAGGUCCGUUUGGGAGGAUCCGAGGCAACUUGUUUCGUCAGUAUCAAGUCAAAUCUCCUGCGGAAGGGCAGCGUCGAGCACAUAACUAUCCAAGCGACGACGGAGCUUCAUUUCCUCAGUCGUUUGCAGACAGAAGUCGGAUCAUCGAGCGCUUCCGACCUCGACAGGACGUGGCUCAACAACAGACUCUCUUGAGUGACAGCGAAGAAGACAGCAGCGACGGAGAGUGGGGCGCUAGUCGUCCGCUGGAGUACGCGCAGCUCAAUUCCUCGCCGCUACUGGAUCUAUCUGCCGGAAGUGUGGAAAUGAGAGAGCAGUUCGAACCUGUGCGGCAUCAAGGCAUCUCAAUGCAGCUUGGCUGGGACAAUGGAGCGCUGGGUGACGAGUAUUCAAGCGAAGAUGACGAGAAUGACGCCAGUUUCGAUAGCACUAGCGCUCUUGAGCUACAGGCCCCCGACGAAGAGAAGCUGCUGGACCACUCACUUUUCGACGAGCUCGUUCACGACGACAGUUUCAUUGACUCGCGGUGUUCAGCUACACGAGUCUCCGUGUCCUCUGGCGAAGCACAAGCGUCGUCGACUGUGACUUCGACCGCGUCGGCUGCUGCACGUGACGCUCUCACUGAAUCCGGUCACUGGACUGAACACGAAGGUGACGACGGCGCUGAGAAACCGUGGCGACGAUACUGCGAAGACCUGAUCGUUCGCAAUCGAGAGAUGCAGGAGCAAGUGGCGUUCGCACGUCGUCGCAUCCUCCAGCUGAGCCACAACAACCAGAAGCUGCACUUGCUGAUUGACCGAGUCGAACGAGACCGCGACGGGUUGCUGUUCGAGAACGACUCGCUGCAGACGCAGCUGCACGGCUUCGAAAACCACGCGCAGCACCACGACUCUCUCAUGCAGGAGGUGGCCACAUUACGCAACCGUCUGAAGCACAAGGAGCACACGGUCGACCUGAGGACUCUGGAUCCUCAUCAACAAGUCCAGGCGGCUUACACUGUUGCGAGUCGCUCGCAAGCUUCGCACUCCUUUCGUAGCGUUCGAUCGGCGCUCACUCUCGCGUCCGCCACGACUCUCACACACUGCUCGAUGGACGAGUUGAAGGAGUGGGAGCAUCUGCUCGAAACCACGUUGAGUCACGUCCGCUCUGCGAAGGAGGAUAAGGCGCUGGAGAUGCAGAAGAAACUGGACCGCCAAGUGGAGGAGCAGAACGAACUCAAGCUCUGCGUGAUCUGUCUGUCGAACGAGAAGACCAUUCUGUGUCUGCCAUGCCGUCACUUGUGUCUCUGUGAGGCCUGCUCCCGUCGUGAAGAGGUGGCCAAGUGUCCGAUCUGCCGUCUCGAGAUUGACGAGAUGCUAGCGGUCUACUCGUAA